ACUGCUAGAAUAAUGGCGAUUUUGUCUUGUCAUCGUGCGUUUCCGACAACUUAGUUCAUUUCCUGUGAAAACUGUGAAACUGUGUGAAAAAUUGGUGCAAGGCAUUUUGAUGUGAAAAAAAUGUUUAUAACGGACAGGGAAUGUCCAAAAUAAUGUGCCAUGGAUCAGGAUAAAUCGGCGACACAGGAGUGCUACGAAUUCCUAGACCUUUCUGAUGUCGAUGAUACCGAAAGAAAUCAGCUCGCGACAACUUUGUAUCCAAGUGAGAAGCAACAAGCGCACGUGUCCUGGGUGCAUGGUGCUGUGCAAGGCCAGCACCACAGACAGCAGCAGCAGAACCUCGGCGGCUUCGUCGGCAGCGAAGGUGUGCUCAGGGUCGCGCCCCAGUCGGGCGAGGGCAGUUGUCGCCAGGAGAUCGAGCAUGAUCCGGCGGUGAUCAACAGCUGGCAGGAGUCUACAUAUGGGCAAGCCACGGCUACGCCAUUGGUACGCAGUUUGAUGCCGCGUUUGAUACCACCUUUGGCGGCAGCGGCGGCGCUCCCCAUUUAUGCUAUUGUGAAACCCACUCUGGCUCCCCUGGCAGCUGUGCCUUUGAGCAUGCCGGCCGUUGCGGGCGCUGCAGUGAAUGGCAAUAAUUACGAAAAGACACCAUCUGAGACAGAAACGGAAUCAUCUGUGACGACAGAGUACACGGAAUUCGUGCACCAUCAGCAUCAUCCGCCGCCGCCGUCCCACCAGGCGCCGCAGCACCAGCCGCCGAGCACAGAAAUGUCGCCGCAUCAGCAUCACCAGCACCAGACGCCGCACCAGUCACAGCAGAGCUCGGCGCCGCAGCACGCCAAUCUCGCUGCCAUGUACACGUCCGGCGGCCAGGGCGCGCAGCCGGCGUACCUGCCGCAGGGCUCGCACAUGUACCAGAUGGUGCAGCCGACCAUGCCGCCGGGCAACGUGUACGUGGGCAAUAUGACGGCCAACGUGAACGUGCACAGCUUUCUGGGGCCGCAGGGCUACUUGCAGCCCGCGUCGGCAUUCAUGCCCGGCGACGUGGCGCCGCAGACCGUGGUGGCCACGUCGCACGACCAGGCGGCGGUGCACCAGCCGCCCAUGGGCAGCAUGCGAAUGGGCGGUCCGCGCCGCGGGCGUGGCAACAAGUCCGGCGGGUCGCACAGGAGAGCUGCGGAGCGCCAGGAGCAGCACCAGCGGCAGCAGCAGCAGCAGCAACAGCAGCAAAACUCCGGCGCGCCGCCGCAGGAACUGAUGCAGCCGCCCAUGAUCGAUCCGCAGCAGCAGAUGAUGGGCGGCCAGGGCUACGGACAGCCGCACUACUACUACACGCAGUACCCCAACUACUACACGCCGCACACCGCGAUCUCGCACGCCGCGGCGCAGCACGCCGCCGGGCCGCCGCUCUACCACACGAUGCCGCUGUACCCGGGCGGCCACCAGAUGGCGUACGGCCAUCCGCCCAGCAUGUUUAUGUACCCGCCGACCAUGAUGUCGCCUGAGUACGCGAUGAUCGACGACAAGGGCGACGAGCAGAUGGGCGACGGCAACCUGAUGGGGCAAAUGUGGCACCAGCAGAUGCCGAUGGAGUACCCCAUAGAGCCCGGCAUGGGCGCGGCGCAGGCACAGGAGGAGUUCAUGGUGCAGCCAGAGCUGCUGGAGGACCCGAUGAGUGCCAAUGCCCUCAUGAUGAUGUCGCCGCAGCAGACGCCGGCGCAGCCGUCGAGCCACCAUGUGCUGAAUCCCGACGUGGCGAACUUCAUAACGAUAGAGCAGCAGCAGCAGAUGAAGGCGCAGCAGAGUCAGCAAGUGGAGUAUCCGCAGAAGGCGUCGCCGGUCAAAUCACUGCCAAUUGCGGCUGUCGUGCCGCCGAGCGCCUCGCCAAUUCCCCCAACGCCGGCGGCGCCGGAGGAGCUCAAGAUGCCGCAGACUGAGAGCGAACAAAGUGCGCAAGCUGAGAUCGUCGUCGCUGUGGAGAAUGUUGUGAAGAUCGAAGCGCCGGUGGAAGCGCCGCCGAAUGCAGGGUCCAUGGAGGCGCCAGUGCAGAAGAUGAUCAAGGCUGACAGCGAACCGCCGAGCAUCCUCACCAACGUGACAAACAUACAGAAUGUGCCAAGUGUUGCUCCCAAUAACAACAACAACAACGUGAUCAAGCCAAUGAAGCAAGAGGAGACGAAUCGCCUGGUGAAGAUGACGAACGACAAGCUGAUGAUCAAGAACGAUCGCGGACAGAAGCCGCCCGCGUGGAACAAGAAGAGUACAACGAGUGUUUCUGUCACGGCGCUUCCUUCGCCGGCGCCCAUCACGACGUCACAGACGCCCAUCAGCAAUGCUGACGUGAAGCAGGCCAAAGCAUCGCCGCCGCCCUUCGCCAAUCAAAAGCCCGCACUCGUGAAGACCUUGUCAAAUGCCACGGCACAAGUGCCAAAAGUGAUUGAGAACUAUACAAAAGCACCAAAUCAAAAUGAGCAGCAGAAUCCUGUUGCGCCGACAGAAGUUGUGGCGGAGAAGAAGGCGGAAGUUGUGUUGACGGCGGUCAAUAAGACAGUGCAGGCGAUUCCAAUGGCACACAAUCAAGUGAGUGUUGAGGCCAAGCCAGCGACUGUCGCCGUCACGACGUUCGAAUCGAAGCAAGUGGAAGUUUUGCCACAGAUUCAACCCCAAAUUGUUCCAGUGGAGAACAAUGUUGUGCCUGAUUUGAUACAAAUGGUGACAACGAAUGGCACAGCGACUGACUGUGUGGCGAUCGUGGAGAAGAAGCUCGAGCCUGCGCCUCGCGGCGGUCCGGCCGCCGUCACAGUGACAGCAAGUGCGCCGCCGAGCAAAUCCUGGGCGAGUCUCUUCUCGUCCGACAACUCUUCUGCGUCUUCCAUGCUGGCGGGUUCGCAUCCGCUGAGUGCGAACAAGAAACCUGUGGCGAAAGUGCCGCCUUUCGAAGCCACGCAGACGCUGCCGAUCGACGGACUGUCGUACUCAGCGGCGUCGGCAAUGGGAUUGCCAAUGACUCAGGCGUCGUCGUCGAAAGUGGCCACAGUCGCCGUGAAGGCCACAAAGUCAACUGUCGAUGAUCGCAGCUUCAAAUUGGGAGAAUUCUUCUCAAAGUAUCAGAUUGACAACAGCAGCGUUAUCUUGUGUCCUCGCGGACUGACCAAUCGAUCAAAUUUCUGCUACAUCAAUGCCAUUCUGCAAGCGCUCGUCGCCUGUCCGCCGUUCUAUCACAUGAUGAAGAAGAUUCCACUUGAGCCGCCGGCAUUUCGCCAGAAGAGCGCAACGCCCAUCAUUGACGCCAUGGUGGAACUCGUGUCGGAAUUCUCGACAAUGCCGCCCGGCGCGCGGCUGGGCAAGCGGGAGAAGGGCUCGAAGGGGAAGGACGAGAUUGAUUUGAUGUGCGACAUGGCGUUCGAGCCGACUGUCAUUCACAAGAUGCUGAGCAGCAGUCGCUCGGAGUUCCACGUUGAAGGACGACAGGAGGAUGCUGAGGAAUUCCUCGGCUUCAUCCUCAAUGGAUUGAAUGACGAAAUGCUCGAGCUGAUGAAGUUGGUGGACAAGCAGGCAAAUCUGGCGAAUGGUGAGCAACAGGCGAACGGAGAAGUGCAGACUGAGGAGGGCGGCGACGAUUGGCAAGUGAUCUAUGGCAAUCGCAACAAGGGAACGGUGACGAGGACAACGGACUUCGGCAGGACGCCAAUCAGUGACAUCUUCGGUGGGCAGUUGAGAUCUCGCGUGCAACGCGAGGGUGAUCAUUCAACUGAUGUCAUUCAGCCUUUCUUCACGCUGCAACUCGAUAUUGAGAAGGCGGAAUCUGUGAAGGAAGCGCUGGAAAUUCUAGUCGUUAAGGAUCAGUUGGAGGGCGUGACGUGCUCAAAGACAAACCAGGAAGUUGCCGCGUGGCAGCAAGUGACGCUGGAGAAGCUGCCAGUCGUGCUGAUUCUGCAUCUUAAGUGGUUCGACUACAAGAUGGACAGUUGUACGAAGAUUCUCAAGACCGUUGAGUUUCCGAUAGAGCUGAGAAUAGAUGCAAAAAUUCUCUCAUCGAAGAAAUGUGUACCAAAACAGAGACAAUACAAAUUAUUCGCUGUGGUUUAUCAUGAUGGCAAGGAGGCGUCCAAGGGACACUACAUCACGGACGUCUUCAAUGUCGGCUAUGCAUCGUGGAUUCGCUAUGACGACAGCACCGUGCGCUCUGUGUCUGAGCAGACGGUGCUGCAUCCGCACCUGCCCAAAGUACCCUAUCUGCUCUACUAUCGGCGCUGUGAUACGAUUGGGCCGCAGGGACAGCAAUCCACGGCGGCCAAGUGAGCGUCGCGGCGCCAGUGAAGAUGAAAUUACACGUAAUACAAAAAAUAUCAUUUCCCAGGAAGAAGAAGAAGAAGCAGAAGAAAAUCUUUAAGUGUUAUGUUGUUUUUUACACCAUUCUGUAUAAGUAAUUGAAAUCGAGUCAAAUUUAUGUUUUUUCAUGUGCACAUGCAGUGACUUCGAGAUUGUCUCAAUGACUCAAUAUUGCAGUGGAAUCAUUAAAUCAUUGAUGGUGGACAACGAUUAGCGUUUUGAUAUGGCGUGUGUAACAUUGAGAGAAGACUUUGAAGACGCUGCAUGUAAUUUAUAAAUGAACAAUUCACUGUACUCAAAAAUGGGAAGAUGAAAUGGGAGAAUAUUAGAUGAUGUAAAUAGGUGAAUGAGAAAGGUGAAUUGAUCGGUCCUGAUGCCAAAAGUGUUGGAACAAUAUAUUAAAAAAAAUGAAUAAUAGGAACUUCAGUGAGUGAAUGGGAGAAUUAGAAGCACAGAGAAAAUUUUCAGUGAAAUGUGUGUAAAUAAGAGAGAGAGAGAGAAAUUAAGUGUGAAGAGAGACUGCGAGUGACAUAUUCUGUAAAUAUACAAUUAAAAGACUAUAAACUGUAUACACAUGUAUAUGUAUUUCAUGAAUUUUUAUCAAAACUAUUCAUUGUUAAUGUGAAGAAGAAGAAAAAAACAGGGGGAGAAUUAGGAGUGACAUUGCUGAGGGCGUCAUAUAAUUGAAUUUGAAUUAUAAGGAAUAUAAGAAAGGAUAAUUAUUCUCUGUAGUCACGCUAAUCUAUUUUAUUUACGUAUACGUAGAAUUAGAUUUAUGAGUAUAAUGUGUUUUUUUCUUUUCCUCAACAAAUCGAAAUUUAUCAUCAUUUAUUAUUAGCUUUGUGUAUUUAUGGAGAAUAUAAUUUGUAAUUCUUUGGCUGGACUUGCUUGCUUGCGAAGAGGAUGAAGAGAAAAAAAAGAGAGGGAAGACAAACUAGUCUAAGUUUUGCAAUUAUGGAUAGCAUAGAAGGCAAAACGUAGAUUAAGUAGGCAUGCAUAGGAUUGAAAUAUUUAUAUUGAUGAUGAUGAAAAAAAAACCCAUUUAAUAAUUUCCUCUUUAUUAUUGAUGCAGAAUUUGGGUACAGGAAGUGACUUUUAUCAGUUAAAGAAAAAUACCCUCUAAAAAGUUCAUAUUAUUAUUUACUAUUGCAUAAGUAAAAUUGUUUUUCGUACUUCUAUUUAACGUUAUAAUUAUGAAAGAGAAAAUUAUGUCCUAACACAUUGUGAAGUGUGUGUGAGAGAGAGAGAGAGCUUGAAUUAUUGCAUUAUAUAGUGAUUGUUUGGAGAAUGUUUCCUUUUUUUCUAUAUGAAAUCCUAAUAAGUUUUGCAUUAAGGGAAAUUGUUGAGCAGCAGGAGUAUCUUUUAAGAUUAAGAGAGGAAAAAAAAGGAUGAGCAGAGACGUCAAGGCUGUGUAAUUUUUGUUUGUUUAUCCUUCAAAAGCUGAAAAAAGAUAGAAAGCGAGAGAGAGAAAGAGAGAAAUUCGCGUGAAAGUGUGUGCGAAAGCGACGAUCCUACAGUGAUUGGGAGGAUUUUGUGUAACAUUUGGAUCCAGUGUAAUUCUGUGUAAAUAACUUAGCUUGCUGAUGAGUGACUGAUGCUGAGCGACGAGAGAUCAGGAAUGUUGUUCUGAAGAGGAAGAAAGAAACGAAUGGCAAGAUUGAUGAGCAAAAGAACACCUUCUGAUCAAAAAAAAGAAAAGAAAAACACCGAGAGAGAGACAAUUUAUUGUGAAUAAAGAGAGCGCGUUUUUUUUUUCAUUCAAAUAAAGCCAUUUACAAUGAAUUGAUUUAGCGAAGGAGGCGCGAAAGAAAUAGUUACUUGUUUACUGUAUUUACUAUUACAUAUUACAAUUUAAUAUAUAUAUAUAUAUUUUUGUAAAGCUAACUAAAAGAGAGAAAAAAAAGUGUAAAAUAUUGGGGAGAACAUGAAGAUAAAAAAAAACGUGGAGGAGGAAUGAAAUGGUUUGAAAACUAUUAUAUACAAAAAUGAGAAAAACAAAAAGAUGAUUUAGACGUAAUAGGAAUUUUAUAUAAAUAGAAUUAUGAAAUUGAAGUGAAAAGUAAUUCAGCAAAAACACAUCAACCUUUAUUUUUAGGAAUAAAAUAACAAUUGUAAAAUCAUUGGCGAAAUGCGGACUUUUGGCGCUGCGGGGAGAAAAAAAACUCAGCAAUUUGUGAGUUUCUUCGCGAGCAUUUUUUAAUGAUUCUGAGAAAAGAUUGUUUGCUGCGAAAUACGUUUAUUCAGUAGAACCAGAAAGCAUUUCUAUGUUUGGGAGUCGCGUGAAAAUCGAUAGAAAGACGCCUUUUAGAGAGGCUCAAUUGCUUAAUUGCGCAGCCAAAGUCACAGAUUUUUUUUAAUUUAAAAGAAAAUGAUGAAUUUGCAUCUGUAUUUGAAGUGAAAUUCAUGCAAAAUGCGACUGAAGUCACGAUUUAGUUGCAUAUUGAGUUAUUUUCAUCACAGCCAUGAUUUCGAGUGCGUAAAUAACAAUGCAAAUGUCAGCCUGAAAAUAUGCUGAAGUUAUGUUUCUCGCAACCUUUUUUCCUAUCAAUUGCUUUUCACUCUCUAAGAAAGGAUUAAAAUCUGAGUUAGUCGGGAUUUGCAAUACCUUCCAGGAAGGCUCAAAAUCCUUCCAAAUCAAGCCUAAAGUCGUGACUUUGUCAAGGAAAAAUGCUGAUUUUCGCGUUCAUUUGCCUGAAAUUUUACGUUACGCCACUGCGCGAAAUACAACAUUGUCGCGAUAUUGUGAAAUGCUGAGCAGUUUUAUCUCUGAAAGCGCCAAGUUCAGCGAUGUCGCCUUGGUAGUUGAAGAAAACACACACUUUAGCGACGAGAAGAGAGACAGAGAAAUUAAAAAGCUGAAUGUGGAGAACGACGAAAUGCAUAACAGAAAGAAGGAAUAUCAUUAAACAGACAUACACAUAUAAAGAAAAAAAAUAUUGCAGAAUAUUCACAAUACUUAUUAUAUUAAUAAAAUAAAUAAUAAUAAUGAUAAUGGAUGAUGAUUUACUAUUAAAAAAAAAAGAUGAAUAGAUAAGUGCACUUAUAUAAAAAUGAAGAGAAACGAGAGAAAGAGAACAUAUUAAUACAUAUUAUAUAUUCCUUGGAAGUAACAAAUAAAAAAUGAAUGAAUCUAGUUCUACAUAGAAACAAAUUAAGGAGAAGAGCAUGAAAUAUGAUGCCACACACACAAGGAAGCGCAAGGGUGGAAUAUAAAAAGAAUCCUUACAAUCUUAGGGUGGCACCCCUUGAAAAUAUAUGUAUUGUUUUUUUUUCUUUGACCGUAAGCGGGAGAAUGGGUUUAGAUAGGAAUAGUAGGCGACAGAGCGAGAGAGAGAGAAAGAGAUAUUGCAGAAUUCGCUUCGAAAAAAAAGUAACAUUGUGAGAAGACACAAAAGUUUAUAUUUCAUUUUGCUUUUUGUCAUUAUACAUUUAAAAUAAUAAAAAACAGGAGAGAAAAAUUCAUACAAAGAGACGAAAUCAAGCUAAAUAGUAAUAAAAAAAAAGAGUCGCGAGAAGUAGAAAUACAAAGAAGACGAAAGGAGAGAAACAAAGUGGAGAGAAAAAUGGCAAGACAAGAUAAUUAAAAUGAAUAAAACAUAAUGCAAAGCAAGAAGAUUUCAAAUAAUAAAUGUAAUUGAUAUUUAAAGAAAAAAAAA